UUGUGGGCGUGGGCGGAUAAAAUGGCGGUAGGCGCCGCUGCCCUGAAUUGGAGGCGCGUUUCUUCUUUCACGGGGCCGGUCCCCCGAUCCCGGCAUGGUCACCGCGCCGUGGCGAUCCGCGAGCUGGUCAUCAUUUUCGGGGGCGGCAACGAAGGCAUCGCCGAUGAGCUGCAUGUGUACAACACCGCCACAAACCAAUGGUUUCUUCCUGCUGUCAGAGGAGAUAUUCCACCAGGGUGUGCAGCCCAUGGAUUUGUCUGUGAUGGUACCAGAAUAUUAGUAUUUGGAGGAAUGGUUGAAUAUGGAAGAUAUAGUAAUGAUUUGUAUGAACUACAGGCAAGUCGAUGGCUGUGGAAAAAAAUGAGGCCUCAGCCCCCUUCAACAGGUUUAGCUCCAUGCCCUCGUCUUGGCCAUAGCUUCUGUCUAUAUGGCAACAAGUGCUACUUAUUUGGUGGGCUGGCAAAUGAGAGUGAAGACUCAAACAAUAACAUUCCAAGAUAUUUAAAUGAUUUCUAUGAAUUGGAGCUGCAGCAUGGAUCAGGAGUCAUAGGCUGGAGUAUUCCAUUGACCAGAGGAGUUUUGCCAUCCCCCAGAGAAUCACACACAGCUGUUAUAUACUGUAAAAAAGACUUGGGAAAUCCAAAAAUGUUUAUGUUUGGAGGGAUGUCUGGUUGCCGGCUUAAUGACCUUUGGGAGCUUGAUAUAGAGACAAUGACUUGGUCGAAACCAGAAACUAAAGGGACAGUGCCACUUCCCCGUAGUCUCCAUACAGCCAGUGUAAUAGGAAACAAAAUGUACAUUUUUGGUGGAUGGAUCCCACAGAGUACAGAUGAGAGCCUCCCUGCUCAAGAUGGGGAAUGGAAAUGUACUGGUUCAUUUUCUUACUUAAAUUUAGAUACUUUAGAAUGGAUAAAUCUAAUCCCAGAUUGCCAAGAAGAUAAAAACAAUCUGUUACCAGGUCCAAGAGCUGGUCACUGCACAGUCAUUGUUGGCUCUCGCUUGUAUAUAUGGAGUGGCAGAGACGGCUACAGGAAAGCUUGGAACAAUCAAGUUUGUUGCAAAGAUCUUUGGUACCUAGAUACAGAGAAACCACCAGCACCAUCACAGGUACAGCUGAUCAGAGCUACAACUAAUUCAUUUCAAGUUAAAUGGGACGAAGUUCCUACUGUUGAAGGAUACCUUCUUCAGCUAAAUUUAGAUAUGCCAGCACCAGCUGCAGCUGACGUAUCCUUUACUGUGGCACCUGAAUCACAGUCAUCCUGUGUGCAAGGAACUAAACUGGAUCUCCACCCCAGAACUCUCAGUGCCUCAGGCAAUGUGCAAAUUUCCAUUUCAGAGGCUAAAGUCAAGAUUCCAGAAACUGAAAAUAUGAGGAAAAACCAUUCCAUUUCCAAAGAGUCCAGUGUUCCUUUAUGUUUGCCUGCUAGCAGUUUAGAUCCUCAGAUGUCAGCAAAUCUAAAUGAAUUACUUGACUUUGAUUCAAGAUCUUCCCAAGUAGAUACUUCUACACCUAGCAUAGCCUCCACCACACAAAAUAUAGUAACCCAGCAGGCUGUUAGAACCAACUCAUCAAAUGGGGCAAAAGAUGAAACUUCAUUAUUAUCAACAGUUAAAGAGUCUCCAGUGCCCUCAACUAGAGUCACAGUUAACCCUCUUGAUUCAGCUAUACAAUCACCUAAAACUUCAUCACCAAAGCAGAAUUCAAGAGUGAGGACACAAGAACGAAAGUGGAAUGAUGUUGGGAUUUUUCAAAGCAACACUGCAUUAGUGAGCCAGUUUUAUUUGCUGCAGGAAGAAAAGGUUCUUUCCAGCAAGAAGGGAGACAAUGCAGAUAUUCCAAAUGCCAGUUUAUUUAAGAAACAGGAUCUCGCUCCUGGCACUUUAUACAAGUUCAGGGUUGCUGCAAUUAAUGGAUGCGGUGUAGGGCCUUUCAGCAAAAUCAGUGAAUUUAAGACUUGCAUCCCUGGAUUUCCCGGAGCACCUUCAAUUGUCAAAAUUAGCAAGAGUGCAGACUGUAUUCAUCUUUCAUGGGAGCCUCCAGUUUCCCCUUCAGGAAAUAUCUUGGAAUAUUCCGCUUAUUUGGCAAUAAGAACCACCCAGCUUCAUGAAAAUCCUAAUCAACUUAUGUUCAUGAAAAUUUAUUGUGGCCUUAAGACCUCGUGUACAGUGACUGCUGCCCAGCUUGCAAAUGCUCACGUUGAUCAUACAUCGAAGCCGGCCAUUGUGUUCAGGAUUUCGGCCAAGAAUGAGAGGGGAUACGGACCAGCCACACAGGUUCGAUGGCUCCAAGAAAUGAAAACAUCAAGCUCAAAAUAGAAGCAGGAUAUUACACUGCGGAUUAUGAAUUGGCAGUUAAUACUCUUGAAGUUUGAUGAAUCUUCCAAAUAUUUCAUUUUAUGCCAGCUUGAGAUCAGCAUGGUACAGUCUUGAAAAACUGGGCCUAUAGUGAUCACAUUUUUGGUAGUAUUUUAUCCAGCAUGGUCACUGGCUACUUUCCAGAAGUAAUCAUCUGAAUUUUUGGAGAGUCUUCCUUAUAACAUCUCCUAACACAGAGAUCCCCAGUCGUGUUAGCUUUCAACAUAGGAAAGGGCCAUAGCUCAAUGAUUUGAGCAUGUGCCUUGCAUGUGAAAGGUGCCAAGGGUAAAUCUCUGGCUAGUUCAGCUGGGGUUGAGAAAAGCCCUGUCUGAAAGCUCAGAGAAUUGCUCCUGAUUAACAUAGACAAUCUUGAGUUAGAUUAUGGUUUGAAUAAGGCUUUUUGUGUUCCUAAACAUAGAUGCUCAAUUACUGUUUAAAUUUCAUUAAAUUUAAAAAGCAAGUUUGUGAUGUGUUUUGAAAAUAGUUUAAAGAGAAAUUUACCAGAGGAGGAGGAAAAAUAAUGAGUUUUAAGUAAUUUUAUUGAUGAGAUGGGAGGCAUAUAAAAUACACAAAUACUAAUUUCUCUUUAAAUUCUUUUCAGGACAGAUUUAUAAAUGUUUAAAAUAGAACUCAGAGGUUUGCCUGAGUGAGCCCCCAAAAACUUUGCUCGUGUUCAGAUCCUCGUGGAUGAUGGUCUGUAAAACUAUUGUAGAAUGAGCUGUUUGAAGACUCCCAUAAAUAUAUAGCAUCAGAGAUGCUGAAAGUGGAUUGUUUGGUUUUCAACAGCAUAAUAAUGGCCUUUUUAUCAUUAAUAUUGGUUAAUUGAGUCUUUUACAAUAGUAACUAUUUCAGAGAAAAGUGAUUUGUCUUAGGCUUUUAUUAGUUCAUUUUUGUAGAGUAGGGCUGCUUUUAAUAUAGAGCUUUAUUCAUGGGUAUGAGUCUCGUCAACCUUAUCAAAAAAAAAUUAGGAAACAAGACAAUAUGCAUCCUUGUCAAACAAGAGUUGUUUCCCUACCUAAUUACUCACAUGUUUUCAAAACUAUUUGUGGGAAUGACUUGGAGGGAAUGAAAGCCAUCAUAUAAAAAGUAUCUGUAGAAUGAACUAUAGAUUUAUGCUGAGUGAACUUCCAGUGAAAAGUUAAAAGACUGUUAAGUUAACAUGAUGGCCAGCCUAAGAAUGAAAAGCAGCUUCGACAAGCAGAGGCUAAAGUCAGUUACUAUUGUGGUUCACCACAAUCAACUGGUUUCAUUCAUUCAUUAAAAGCUGCAGUUGUGCAGAAUCUACAGGCCCACACAGCUCUGUCGCCCCUAUUUCUAUAGCAUCAAGAUACAGUGCUUACCAAAUUUCAGCAUUGUUAAUUUCUGACUGCAUUUUUUUCUGGUUGUUUAUAAAGAUAAGGGCUAGAACUAGUGCUUUUAACACCUUCUUACCUGCUACCUGAGAAGCAAAUUGAAAAUGUCUCCAUUCAUUCUCUGGCAGUUUCACUGUCAAGAUUUCUCUGUCUUCUAGUAUCCACACAAGAAAAAUGCAACCCAGGCUGCAAAACACUGGCCUGUGCAAUGGCUAUAAAUCCCAUUGAGCUGAGUAGAGCUUAUUUCUGAACAGUUGUGCAUAAAGAAUUUUUCAUAAUACUCAGAUUAAUGGCGUAAUUUAGGAAUGAAGGCAAAGCUGAUGUGAUGCCAUAGGUCAGUACAGGUCUUCCAGCAAACUCUGGCCAUUUUGGCUUAUUACAGUGACAUUAUAAGAUAGAACCCUAAAGAUAAACAUCCAAUGCAGUCCCCAAAGCAUGACAAAUCACAAGUGAGUAUGUAGAUGAUGCUCCUGUUCCAUGUGAAUUUGAUAUAUAUGCAGAUUUGUUUUCCUAUGGCUUAUAUUUUGUAUCCAUGUUUAGUGUAACAAAGAUACUUUUGUUUACAGUAACUUAAAAUGUAUAGAAUAUUUUAAUAUAUUCAUUUUUGUAAAGAUUUUUCUAGUGUUUACAAACACAUAUUCUAAUCUUUGAGAAUAUCCUAAUAUGCAAAUUGCUAAACUAGUCACUUCUGUUAUGAAAAGCAAACUCUGUGUAAAUGCACUACUAUUAAUUUCUCACGAGCAUAGAAAUGUUAAAAUCUGUAGAAAGUUUGAACAUGUACAAAAGUACUCCAUGAUGAAUGCAUCACAUACCCACAAAAAAAAAAAAAGAAGAAGGAAGAAGAAAGGGAAAGAAUCCUACCCUUUCUUUUGGCAUAAUCAUGCUAUUUUGCACUAGUAAGAAUUGUAACAUUUUUGUGUUGCUUCCAGAAACUAACUGUAUUGGUCUAAAGUUAAAGCAGAUUUGCACAUCUUUGCAUUGCUUUUCUGACAAAAGUUUUUCAUGAGUUUCCUCAAAGGCUUGGGGUUUUAUUUUGCUAAUUGCCUUAGUUUCCUAUCAUCACAUUGGACUUCUGUAACAUUUUUAUCUUAAUCAUGUUAUGACUAAUGUGCCAGAUGCUUCAUUUCCCCUUCACAGUUUUUCUACACGAGACAGCAAAAUAGUGCAAGUGCACCAAAAAGUAAUAAUCUAGACUUAAGUUCAGAAUGCCAGUGUGCACUUUUAUCUACCACCUUAUGUAGCAAAAAUGUGUAUGAAGCACUUACAAGGAAUGUUAAUCUAUUCCUAAGCACACAAGUGUAUCAAAUAGAGGCAUUUAGAUGCGAUUUUGUACAUGAAUAAUUGUUUAUCAUAUUAUAGCAUAAAGUGGCUAAAUUGUGCCAGUAUAUUAUGUAGGUGGUAAAUAGAGCUUAAUGAUGCAUCCCACAGGGAUAUUUCUAUGAACAGUAGUGCUUUUUACAUUAAUUUGUAUGGACCUUAUACAGGUUCCUGUGGAUUGCAUCCUUUGGCAUCUAAAUAAAAUGAUUUUUUUUAAAAAAAUAAUCUCUAUUUUGAAACCUGAUUUAGUGCAUAUGUGCAAUAGAAUGAGUAUUUUGCACUUCAGUUUUCCAUCAAUGCAUAAGAAUUAAGAUGGGAAUCACUUGAUCUGCAAGGAUCAGUUUUAAAGUGGAUUAUGGUAAUACUAAUGCUUUACUAUCAUUCCAUGUUCACAGUUACAAAACAUCUUUGAGAUGUUGUAACCCAUUUUUAGGUAGAGAAACUGGGAGAAAUUCAUUUGAAGAAAGUCUGUUUUGGCUUAGUUCCUAAUAAACCAUGAGAUGGUUGGAUGUAUGAAUUACUGCUUAUGAUAUAUGAAUUAAGUCACUGUGAUUUGCAUGGUUUAUGGCUUAAUAUAAAACAAACCAUUACAGCUUCCACAAAAUGGCUUAGCAUAAUCCCAGUGAAUUCAUGGUUUGGAUAGAAUUAGGAUCCAACUCCCCCAAUUUUAUCUCCAAUACUUAUUAAUAACUUCUGGAGAUAUUUGAAUAACAGUGACAAAAAGUUGGAUGGAUGGGAACAGGGGGUUUGUAACCUCAGAUGUGUGGGGACUGAAAGUUCCAGAAUAGUGGCUAAAAGCUCUAGUCCUAACAAAUCAGGAGAGAGGCAGGUGGAGAAAGCCACCCUAAGAUAGUAGAAUUCUAAAAUUUUACAAUAAUCAUACUGAUGCAGCACAAUCUGUAAUGCCAUUAAAAAAACCUACAGUGGUCUAUUUUUUAAAAAGCUUUUUUGAAUUGUUCAUAAAUUAAGUAGCACUUUUUACUGGCUACUCUCUAAGAAGGAAUUAGAUUAGAAUUCUUUAUUGGCCAAGUGUGAUUUGACACACAAGGAAUUUAUCUUGGUGCAAAUGCUCUCAGUGUACAUAAAAGAAAUGAUACAUUAGUCAAGAGUCAAGAAUCAUAAGGUACAACACUUAAUGAUAGUCGUAGGGUACAAAAAGCAAUCAAAUCAUACUAGGAACAAGUUCCAUCAACAAACUUUUGUGUAUGUUAGUCAGCUGACAGUAACUUUGCUUACUGAGUUUUUUCCUGAGACAAAUAUUGGCAGUGGGAUAUAAAGAGGGUGGGAUGGGAUGUCAGUUAUACUACCUAUACAACACUGUCUAUUUGUGGCAUAAUAAUACAGAUACUCAGAGUGAAACCAACAUACUCUUUCAUGCACCUUAUGAUAUGUACCUUUUUCUAAGGCAAGUACGUAACAACACGCCAGAGAAAAUGUAUGUUACAGUCAUACAAUUCUGGUUGCUCUUAGCAAUUAAAAAUCACUCAAGCUAACAUUAGAUUUUUUAAACUAGUACUGUGAAAUGGAAACUUCAGAAAUCUAUAAAUACAUUCUUCAAAGUUGAAGGUAGUAUUUCCUGAGAAGGUCCAUUUUAGAUGCUAGAAUUUAAGCUCUUCCUUGAAUUGUCAUAAGAAAUGUGCUUCCUUUCACUUUACCUGCCACAUACUUCCAACUCUGGAUUGAAUCCAGAUAGCCCAGUGG